AUGCAGUUAUCUUUCUUCUACACGGCUGUCCUUCUGGCUGCUGGCGUCGCCGCCCAGUCCUGUUCGUCGACUAUCACAUACUGCACUGGAGGCGCCUGCUUGUGCUUUGCCGAUGGUAUCACCGAAUCCCUGAACGAAAUGUGUAAAGGCAAGGGAUUCGAACGCUCGUUGGGGCCGUCAAAGACUACGACUGAGGCCGGCGAGCGAUGCGACACCCAGUGCUGCACUGGCUAA